GGUUUACUGUCAAUCCUGCGUAAACUGAAAAGCGCCCCAGACCAGGAGGUGAGAAUCCUCCUGCUGGGACUGGAUAAUGCAGGCAAGACCACACUCCUGAAACAGCUGGCAUCUGAGGACAUCAGCCACAUCACGCCAACACAGGGCUUUAACAUCAAAAGUGUACAGUCUCAAGGCUUCAAGUUGAACGUAUGGGACAUAGGUGGACAGAGGAAGAUCAGGCCGUACUGGAGGAACUAUUUUGAAAACACUGAUAUCCUUAUCUAUGUUAUUGACAGUGCAGAUAGGAAGAGGUUUGAAGAAACAGGUCAGGAGCUGGCUGAGCUUUUGGAUGAAGAAAAGCUUAGCGGAGUCCCCGUGCUCAUAUUCGCUAACAAGCAGGAUUUGCUGACGGCUGCCCCUGCUUCGGAGAUUGCUGAGGGACUGAACCUGCACACAAUCCGGGACAGAGUCUGGCAGAUCCAGUCUUGUUCAGCUCUUUCAGGAGAGGGAGUACAGGAUGGCAUGAAUUGGGUCUGCAAAAAUGUCAAUGCUAAGAAGAAAUAAAGCGUUCUGAGCGGCGUGGAAAUGGAGGAGCGGUGGGAGCAGAAUCCUAGCCUGAAAACACUAAUUUUCUGCUUUCUGACCAAAUGUUUUUCCAUCUGUGCACAGCUACAGCUGUUAAAAGAAAAAAAAAAUUGAGAGAG